UGAAAUAUUAAACAUUUUUUAUUUAUCAGUUACAGAAUAAUGCUGAAAAAUACGUCAUUAAUAUGAUGUCCAGGAGAAAGGAAUUGCUUAAAAAUGAAGAAAAUUAAAGUGCAACAUAAUACUACAACUGUUGAAACAUUGUUACAUUGAAUAACAAAGCCAGUGAUAUAUUGGGCGAAAGAAGUAACAACAAAAAAUGACUGCAAUGUUCCGCAUGUAUGACCAGUAUAGUAGGGAAAUUAAGUUCUCGGAGCUGGAGAACCCUGAGGACUCAUGGGAACUUCUUGACCUCAUCGGGGAAGGAACAUACGGAGAGGUUUACUCGGCCAAGAACAAACAAACUGGAGAAAUAGCAGCUGUGAAGAUUUUGGAGUCCAUUCAUGAAAUUAUUGAGGAAAUUGAAGAGGAAUAUAGAAUUCUCAGAGAUUUUAACGACCAUCCGAAUAUGCCGAAAUUCUACGGGUUGUAUUUAAAAUUGGGAGAUUCAGGAACAGACGAUCAACUUUGGAUGGUCAUGGAGCACUGUUCAAGGGGAUCUGUUACUGACCUAGCCAAGCACAUGAUAGAUAUUGGGAAGAAAAUUGAUGAAACCCUACUAGCACACAUUCUAAAGGAAACUUUACUGGUACUGAUGUUUCUACACAAAAAUCAUGUUGUACACAGAGAUGUCAAGGGACAUAACAUACUUCUGACAGAUAAGGGAAACAUUAAAUUGAUAGACUUUGGGGUGUCAGGACACCUGCAAGCAACAUUAGACAGGAAAAAGACAUCUGUAGGUACACCAUACUGGAUGGCUCCAGAGGUGAUAGCUUGUGAGAGACAGCUGGAUUAUAAUUAUGACAUUAGAUGUGACAUAUGGUCCCUUGGUAUCACAGCCAUAGAACUGAUAGAUGGAGCACCACCAUUGGCUGAUAAACAUCCAAUGAGAGCACUUUUUAGAAUUCCAAGAAACCCACCUCCUAAGAUGAAGAACCCUGAAGAAGCAUCGGAUAAUUGUCGGGACUUUAUUUCAAGAUGUCUGAAUAAGGACUAUGAACAGAGACCUUUCACCUGGGAUCUUCUAGAACAUCCAUUCAUUGCACAGGUGCCUGAAGAUGUUACUAAGCUGAAGGAACAGUUGGUAGCCUUGACUUCUCAAGUAGAACGUAUCAUACAUGAGCCUGACGUCACAACCAAGCAAGGUCGGCUGAAAUCUCGCAAGUCCAGACAGGGACCACCACCGACAACAAAUGAUCUUACACAGCUGGAGGUCUUAGAUGAGGAGUCAAUUGUAGCCCAGCUGUUUACACGUUAUACUCAAGGAAUUAUUUACACAUAUAUCGGAGAUAUUCUGCUGGCAGUAAAUCCGUUUUCCUCCCUCACCAUUUACAAUGAGGAACACUCACAGAUGUAUAUGAAUGCAGCAAAGGGAGAUCACCCUCCCCAUAUUUUUGCCAUCGCCGAUCAAGCAUAUCAGAUGAUGGUACACCAGAAAAAGCAUCAGUGUAUUGUGAUCAGUGGUGAAUCAGGGGCAGGGAAGACAAUGAGUGCUAACUUUCUGGUGCAGCAACUCACACAGCUUGGCAUGGCACCUAACCGUGAUUUGGAGGAGAGAAUUCUGCAGGUCAACCCGUUGAUGGAAGCUUUCGGAAAUGCCAAGACUGUUAUCAAUGAUAACUCGAGCAGAUUCGGCAAAUAUCUAGAAAUGUUCUUCACUGAGAAUGGAACUGUCACUGGAGCUAAAAUCACAGAAUACCUCCUGGAGAAAUCCAGAGUUAUCUUUCAAGCACAGGGUGAACAGAAUUUCCACAUAUUUUACUAUGUACAUGAUGGGUUACCUAGUGAGGACAAGAGCCACAAGUAUCAUCUUCAUGAAAAUGCAACUUACAGGUAUAUCAGUGAGCAUAGCAGUUCUCAACCAGAGAUGGUGACCUUGUCUGUAAACAGGGUCAAGUUCAAGGCCAUUCAGCAUUGUUUCAGCAUUAUUGGAUUUAAGGAAGAGGAGGUGUCUUCAAUAUUUGGAGUCAUAGCAGCUAUCCUUCACACCGGCAAUGUAGAAUUUGUAGAGAAACAGUCGAAGGGCCAUACUGGAGAUGGUGUGGAAGUAGCUAACACAGAACUUACAGAUAUAGUUGCAAAACUGCUGGGCUUGGAAUCAAGAGAUCUGAUAGAGGUAUUGACAACAACAGGAAUGGUUGCACGUGGUGAAGUGAUCAUUCGUGAGAACACUAUGCACGAGGCACUGGAUGUACGAGAUGCCAUGUCAAAAUCACUGUAUGGAAGGCUGUUCAGCUGGAUUGUUAACAAAAUCAAUAUUUUACUACAACCAGAUAAGGAGAUGUAUAAGCUAGAGAAACUGAACAUUAUUGGUCUACUGGAUAUUUUUGGGUUUGAGAAUUUCCCGAGCAAUUCUUUCGAGCAAUUGUGUAUCAACAUCGCUAAUGAACAGAUUCAGUAUUACUUUAAUCAGCAUAUCUUUGCAUGGGAGUUGCAAGAAUACCAGAAUGAAGGUGUAGAUGGCAGUGCAAUCACAUUUGUUGACAACCGACCCCUUCUAGACAUGUUUCUGAUGAAACCCAUGGGUCUUCUGGCAUUACUUGAUGAAGAAAGUCACUUCCCAAAAGCUACAGAUUGGACGCUAGUGGAGAAAUUUCAUCAGAAUGUGAAAAGCCAUUACUACAGUCGACCAAAAGCAACUUCAAGCUUGCAUUUCAGCAUUGAUCACUACGCUGGCAGGGUAAAAUAUGAUGCUGCAGGGUUUCUUGAGAAAAAUCGAGACCGACUUCCGGUGGAGGUGGUGAACCUGCUCCGUGCUUCGGACAACAGUGUAGUGAGGUCGCUGUUCCAGACACCCCUUACAAAAACAGUAAGCAGGGAUUUAGGUAAUCUUGCUAGCGGGUCUUUGAAGCCUAGUGCACCAAACAGCAAUCUGAAUUCUCCAUCCAGCACAUCAACUGGUAUCACUAUCGCCAGUGUGCAAAGUUUACGCAGUCAAACAUCAGCAAGCAUGGGCGGAAGCAGAAUAUAUAGUGCAUUAGGAAAGCAUAUCACGGGAUCUUCAGCAGCCUCCAUGACACGUAUACAGCAGACUGUAGCUACAUAUUUCCGAUUUUCUCUCAUGGACUUACUGGCAAAAAUGGUAGCAGGGAACCCACAUUUUGUCAGAUGUAUAAGGCCUAAUGAAGAAAAUGUUGCGGACCAGUUUGACGGAAAGAAAGUUACGACCCAGCUGAAAUAUACAGGUGUACUAGAAACCACGAGGAUAAGGAGGGAAGGUUACUCACAUAGGAUUCCGUUUGCAGAUUUUGUAAACAGGUACUCUUUGUUAGCGCUAGGACAGAUGGGGGACUUGCAGCCAAACAAAUCUGGCAGUGAGCUUUUAUUGUCAAGGCUGAAAUUGAAGGACUGGGCACUAGGAAAAACUAAGGUAUUCCUGAAGUUUUACCAUGUUGAACUUCUGACGAGGAAAUACGCCGAGAUACAGGGCAAGAUUACACGUAUACAAGCUGUAUCAAGAAUGAUAAUUUCAAGGAAUCGUUACUACCAGCUUAAAUGGAAACUGGAAAAAACAGCUCUUAUAUUACAGAGAUAUACUCGUGGUUGGCUGGUAAGGAAGAGGUUUACAAAGUUGUUUAAGACAAGAAAAUUGGCAGCAGUGACAGUCCAAAAGGUUGUAAGAGGAUUCCUCAUCAGGAGGAAAGUACAGCCAGAACUUCAACAACGGAGAUCAGCAGCUGUGAGAAUACAAGCUGUGUAUAGAGGUCAUAGUGCAAGAAAACUGGUCAAACAACAGAAAGAGGAGGAAAAGCAAAGUGCCAUAAAAUUACAGAGAGCAUUCAGAUUUCGUAAAGCCAAACUCCUUGUCAAAGCAGAGAAAAAGAAGACUGUGGACUCGAAGGUUGAAGCAGCUAUACUGAUACAGUCUGUGUAUAGAAUGUGGAGAUGUAAGACAGUAUAUAAACAACUUACAAAGUAUAAGGAGAAAAAAGAAUUGCAGUUGAUAUACUUCAGUCAACAGGUUGUAGAAUAUUCCAAUGACCUUGAGUCGAAGUUGAAGGGUACAAAUAUCUCAGCCAAACCAGUGCCAAUCCCAGAGGAGGUACCAGCUGCAGCAAGAACGGGUUCAAGAAGUGCCGGGAGCCGAAAGAGAAUGGCUCCCACAAAGCCAGUAGAAGUUGCUAGGCAACCAUCAAUACCAAAGAGGGAUCCAGAUGUCGGUGAAGAAAGAUUGGAACAUAUGAAGAAAAUGGGACAGCUGAAAACACUGAUGCCUACAAAAGAGAAUGCUUACUAUGACAGACUGAACCCUAAAGCAGCAGUAGAAGAAGAAAUGACCAUUCAAAUAGAUGAUAACUCCACCCCUAACUCACAAAGGAGAAUAAAAACAGUAAUGGAUGAAGAUGCAGAAAGUUAUUAUGCUACCAUAGCCAAAAGAUCAUCUGUGAAUGACGUUAGGGAAGAUGCAUUAUCUCUGGGAGAAACAGCCGCAACUAUAAAUGAUAAACAUCUCUCAAACUGGGACGCUCCUCUACAAGCAGCCAAAGAAAAGGUUUUAACACCACGGAUUCGAGUGGAUAGUGGCUCGCUUAUUACCCCACCCUCCCCUCCUAUGCAGAUGAGUCCCUUUGAUGCACUGUCAGAUAACUUUGAUUUAAGGAGUGGAACUAGUUCGCCUUAUUUGCAUAUUAAGGUGUCGGCUUUGUCUGAAGGUCACAAACCAUCGCACAUUAGCACCGCCCACGAUAUUCUUAAAGAAGGCCCAGUAGACAAAGAAAAUACAAAGGAUGCUUAUUUUCAGUCUUAUUCAUCAUUACUUACCAAUCAAUCUGAGGGAACUCAUUUGCAUAAAGACCACUCCCCUAGAUUUGAAGACCGCCCUCCUAUACCUCUUACUAGGGAAAAAGUUGACCACUUAGAUUUGAGUUCAGAAACUGACUCUGUGUCUUCUGCCCAGAAUUCUGUUACAAGUCAUGAUUUAGCGAUUAAUCUAUUGGACGAAGCCAUAGCUACCUCUGCCUCACCUGACAAAAACACCCCAAGGAUGUCCACUAAGAUAACAGUAGCUUACUCCGCCUCCUCAAACAAAAACACACCCAAGAAGUCUUAUAACACACCUUCAAGAAAAUCAUCAAGUUCUGACACAUCAACAAGAGACCGUUUAGCAAGAACUGUUGCAGAGGCAAUUAUAGCCAACAAACCAAAGUCUUUGUGGAAUUCAGAACAGGAAACUUCAUGGGAUGCUCCGAUACAGUUUUUCUUUGGUCAGGACUCCACUUCAGACGUGCAGAAAGAUAACUUUCAUCUCAAAAAGCCAGAUAUUGAAGAAGACUUCAAAACAGACCGUGAAGAAUUUUACUCUGAAUCUAACAAAGAAGACCUGUUACAUACUUUACAUGAACAAUAUCGUAAAAGUGCAAAAGGAAAAUGGAAUAUGCUUCAGAAACUCUUUGCACUUGGACACUUCUCUAGCCAAUACAACUCAUCUCAGCAUGAAAAUCAUGUGAAAUUUGAAUCUACCAAUAAUGGACAGGGACAUAGUCAUGUGACAUUAAUUGCAGCCAAUCAAAGUCGAGAACCCAGUCAUGGGGCAUAUGAUCCAGCCAAUCACAGGCAAAGACCACCAUCACCUCCAGGCAGCAAGAAAACAGUUAUUGCAGUAAACUAUUCCAAAGAUGGACAACAAAAUGGCUUUCACUCAUCCCUCCAAACCAGAAGCAUCCCUGUCAAACCGGCUUCAAAAGUAAAAUUUUCAACAGGGGAACCAACUGUUAUAAAUGUAAACCUGAAUAAGAACAACAACAACAUAAUGGACACCAAUCAGAAUUAUUUGACAUCUUCAUCAUUGUCAUCAUCAGAAAUCGUGAACUUUAGGUCUGCUCUGAAACGGACAGAAAUUAACCCAGAAAUUAUUCGGCAGAAGGACACAGAUUCAGAAAAACCAGUGUAUGAUUUUAGAAAAAUGUUACGGAAGACAGGACGUCUAGAUUUUAUUUCUCAGGAAGAGUGAUUUAAAGCCAGUUUUGUUGUUUUGUUUUUAGAUGCAAAAAAUGUAAAUAACGAUGGCUUAAAGCUAUUAAUCUUUUGGUUUUAAGGCACAGCCUUUUAAAAUUCUUGCCUAAUUCUCCUAAUUAGCUUUACAUUCAAAGAAUAAUCUUUAAAAUUUUAUUUGAAAAAUUGUUUUUGUUUCUUUGAUUUAAUAUCACUAUUCAUAAAGGGAGUUAAUUUGAUAUAUACAUGUUUUUGUCUGUGAUAAUGUAAAUUUUUUUUGUUUUUGUUUUAAAUAUAUAUUCGUUUUCCCUGUUUUCAUAGUAUUUUUUAAUUUAUUCAGCAUUAAUAUGUUCUCACAGUUGAACUGUAAUCAGAUGAAUGUAAUUGUUAAGUUAAAGGUCCAAAUGCUUUAAAUUUUUAUCUUAUUAUUAAGCACCAUUUACAUGGUUAGAAAAGCACUACCAUUAAUAUUGCACAUGAACAGUUAUAGUUAGAGCCAUAAAGGGAGGUAAUAAAAACCAAUAGAAUCAAUGAAACAUUCUAGUAUAUUCAGCUAUGUUCAAACCUUCAACAAAAUUAAUGUUAAUGAAAGCAUUUAUCGGAAAUAGGAUUUAACAAGAAAUUAAUGUAUUUAAUGUUCAGAAUGGAAAAUGUGGCAGCCACAUUUUAUACAAAAGCAUUUUGAGCCUUAAAAAGUAAUUUCUGCUGAGAAACACUACGUGUUCAAGCAUCAAUGACAUGUUUUUCGAGGCUUCUUGAGCUAUUGAUGUGAUUUUUCACCAUUUUCCUUGCAUUUUCGAUGUUUGGGUCACUCAAAACUGUGAAUAACUCGAAAAUUUUGCUCAGCACCUUGGGACUUGGAGCAGUCAUUGUUUUAUUGUAUAUACAAAUUUGUCAAAUGAAUAUGCAAGAAGGUAGUAUUUUUAGAUGCCGUUUAUUGAAUUGCUAUGCAUCAGUUGUGCACUGUUUAGUUCUCCUCACUUCCUACUACUGAGUGAUUCACUCAUUUUGGCAUAAACAUCAUUUUAAAGGUCUACAAAACAGUCACAUUUUUUAAUUUUGACAAUGACUUUAAUUGUUUUUAUUUUCUGUACAAAUUGCAGUAUGUUAAAUGUUUUGUGGUCCAAAAUGGCUUGAAAAUCACACUUUGAACAUAAAUCCUUAACAGAGUUAUUAAAAAGAUGAAAUGUUCUUGUUUUUACUCUGUGAUAAUAAUGUGUAAUGUCAUUGGUGUUACAAGGCUUUUUAAUGAGAAGUAAACAGAAGUAGAUAAACCAAGCACUAUUAAGUAAGAGUAACAUAUAUUAAGAUGCCAUCAGUAGCAAACAUUGGUACAUAAAUAUAUUAUCAUAGUUCUGAUCUCAUUUUUUAAUAGAAUUUUAUAAACCCAUUACAGAUUUUUUUAUUUAGGGUAAACAAGACUUGAAAGAACAAUAAAAAACAAAAUUAAAAUUGUAAUAAAUUGCUGAUAUGUGUUGACUUUAAGUAGUAACUUUUCAUAUUGUAUUGUCAAAAAUGUUUGAGUGAAAUAAAAUACUGCAUAGAUCUUUUUAACUUGAAACAUUUUAACUUCAAUAAUUUGUUUGUCUUUUCUAUUUAUUUUUCUUUUUGCAUGAAAUUUCACAGUUAAGACUUAUUUCUUUUUGUUCUCAUUUAAUGUGCCAUUUAAAAAAAAAAGAAAAAUUAUGAAAUUGUGUUCAAAAAAUCAAAUCAUAUCAUAUUUUUUAUAAUUAAUAAUUGUAAUGUUUUUGCUCCUUUAGGUAUAGAUGUUCAUAUUUCUACCUAGUAGCUGUCCCUGUCUAAAAUAAGGCUGGGAGAGGCACAUUUGAUCUUCCCUCCACCACUGAAGCUGAGGAGCAAGUACCCCUCCACAGAGGCCAAUACAAUUCUUUCCAACAAAGCCAUUAACCUCUGCAUAGCAACAACCUUUGCAAAAAAAAACCAUUCCAUCCUGUUUAGUAAUGCUUCAAAACUGGCAAACACUAAAUAGCAAAUCAGUAUCCUGCUAUACAUUAUGUUAAACUGGCCUAACAUUUUUUAUAUGUAGUUAGAAUACAAAAAAGUAUUUCAUGACAUUUCACUUAAAAUCAUUUUGUAAUUGUUGUUUAUGUAUUUUUAUUAAAACAGUAUUUUUAUAUAAUUGCUUUAAUUCAAUGUUUGGAAGUUAUUAGAUUCUAUUCUGAAAAUGUUAUAUAAUUAUGUUUUAUAUAUGUCCAGUUUUUAUGGGUAUCGCAGGGUGUAAAGAGAGCCGAAAUUUGUUCUAAUGUAUUUUGUACGGAAAUUUAUUAAAUAGUUUUCUCUAUGUAACCAGAAUAUGCUAAACAAAACUGGCAGGUACUCUAAUGGCAUUUUUUUGUGAUGUUUUGAUUACUUUUAAAAUGGGGAUAUGUCAAAAAAGACGUUCUAUACAAACUUUCUAUUUAAAGACGAGUUGUUUUGGAGAGUUAAAUGGCGGUCUUUAGAGCAAAAUGGUCUCUUUGUACAGGUCAUCAUUCAUAGAGUAUCAACUGUUUUCACAGGAAAACAUCAUUAGUUCAAUUGUAUUAUAUUUCUCUCAAAUAAAUAUGAUUAUAAUAAUUACCAUGUUACUUGAAUAAAUUUAUUCAAUUACUUGGCAGUUUUGUUCCAUUUACAAAUGUAUUAUUUUUAAGGAUUAUAUUUUAUGCUGCAGUCAGUGGUGGUGAAAUCUGAUUUUGACCUUCUUGUCCAUUUUUGCCAGUAGCUAUUUUCUACCUAUAUUGGUUAUAUAGUAAAAUAUGGUGAAGUUCUACUUGUUUGUAUGGGCUGAGGCACAAGCUGGACAGGUCGGACAGUUGAUUUUGCCACCCCUGUGCAGCGCAGGUAUAAUUUUAUUUUUAUUGAGGACCAUAAAUCUGUAUACUGUAUUCCAGCAAACAUUAAUUGAGCUUCCAAUGUUAGUUAGAUCUUGCCAGAAGCAUAGCAAAGCUUUUUUAAAAAUUGCAUGUAGAUAUGGUAGAUAUUUUUAUAUGUUACAGUAGACAACAUAGAUCAUAUUAAAUCUAUGAACUAUCUGGUCAUAAGGCUGUAUCAGCUUUUGCUUGAUGCAUACUCAGACAUUAUAAAUUUUAUGUUUUUCAACAUAUUUAAUGUCAUUUCUACUAGAUUUUUUUUUAUGUAUUUGCUUUUUGAAGCUACUUUAUACUUUAGCUAGUAAUUAGGUUGAUACAGAAUUUAGCAGCUCUGUCCAGGAGGCAUCUCUUUUACUUCAUGGAUCUUUGUUAGAUGACUGGUAUAACCCUGAUUUAAUUAUAAAGGUUACAUCCUGGAUACCUUAAUAGAUUUAUUUAAUUAUCAUACCUGUGAUAUACCACAUCAAAUGUGUCGUAUAUAGCUGUCUCAGAAAUAAGUUUUUAUGUAUGUCAAAAAAGUAUAAAAUAUUAAAUAUUUUAUAUCAUAAUUAACCAGUACUUUAACAAUUUAGCUCAAUAGGUAAGAGCGUUGGUCUACGGAUCUCGGGGUCGCGAGUUUGAUCCUCGGGCGGGGCGUAUGUUCUCCGUGACUAUUUGAUGAACGACAUUGUGUCUGAUAUCAUUAGUCCUCCACCUCUGAUUCAUGUGGGGAAGUUGGCGGUUACUUGCGGAGAACAGGUUUGUACUGGUACAGAAUCCAGGAACACUGGUUAGGUUAACUGCCCGCCGUUACAUGACUGAAAUACUGUUGAAAAACGGCGUUAAACCCAAAACAAACCAAAAAACAAGUUAUAUUAAGAAUAAGUCUUAAGAGCAGAACUGUUGUAAGUGCUUCUGUACCUGUAUGCACUUAGACCAGUUUUGCUGUAACUGCACUUGAAAUGUACACAAUCAUACUUCUUAUUAACUCUGGGUAUUGACUAUUGAUUCCUUCUAAUUUUAUCUACCUGUUGUCCAGCUCCUUACUUUUAGAAUUUAGAGGUAAAAUUAUGAUAAAGUUGUACAUGUCUAACAGAUGUUUCCUGUCUUGGUGUUCCUUUUCAGCAAGGCUGGCAAAGUGUUUUUUGUAAAGAGGUCACCAUAGUUGUUGCAGAAAAAUGAUUGGUACCGCAGGAUAUAUUUAAUAGACAGUGCUUGAUAAUAUCAGAGAAAAUUACAGAAUCUACAGUGCUGGGACCAAUGUGCUGUGAAUUAUUGCCUGUUUUACAUAGAUAUUUUACUCAGAAUAUGCUAUAUUUCACUAUCUAGCAUUUUAAUACUUAGUUUAAUGGUUUUUACCAAAUUUUGUCUAUUAGUUUUAAUGGUUUUUACCAAAUUUUGUCUAUUUUGAAGCUUUGGUUAUGUGAAAUAUAUGGAAUAUAUUUUAUGCGGAGAAAUAAAGUAUAUUUCUCUGUUAAAUUUCAUUGAUGCACAGAGAAAAUAAAUAAAUAUUACGUACACUUGCAGUUUAAAUUCUUGACAGUUGCAAACAUUUAUAAUUUAUGCUGACACUGCUCAAACCUUUUCAUACUUAUACAAAAAAAUAUACAGAGGCAUUAAGUAUAUUUCAAAGCAAGGACUGUUUCUCAGAAUAACCACUAAAUUGUUCUGAAAUAAACAUUUUUUUCUUUCCAUUGUUAAUGGUUGUAGAGUAAAAAUUGAUUUAGUUAUAGAUGAGUUUUGUUUAUAAAAACGUGUAUAGUCAAUAAAAUUUAGAAAAACUUUCUAAAAGUGGUAGUCAUGAAACAGGAUGUUAAGCUGAAAUUUAGUAAUAUUAUAGAAUAUCACCUUAACCUUCAGCCUGCUGACAACAAGUGAUUCUACCUUUGCAACCAGAUGAGACCAAGUUCAGCAGGAUGCCCAGGCUGAUCUUGGUCUGCACAGUUCACUAUUCAGUCAGUAAAUUUUCAGUGAACACCCCUGAAUGAUAAGUGGUGCUGCCCUAAAAUUUAGCUGGAUAAAGAUAAAUAAUGAUCUAUGGUACUGUCCGGGUGUCCAGCCAUUUCUUAAAUAAUGCAUGGAGUGGCAUUAAAAAAAAUAUGGGAUCUUCCUUUACCAUCAAAAGCUAGGAAGUUGCUGUAUGACCUAUAAUUGUGUCAAUGCGAUGUUAAAACCAUCAAAAUAAAUAUCUAAAUAAUACAUAGUUAUAACUUUUGAUUUUUCUCUUUCUGUUUAAAAAUAAAAUAAAAAUGAAAUUGAAAAUGAUGUUUGCAAGAGUACUAGCCUUUUUAACUACUAGUACAAUCGAGUUUUGUACACAUACAGGUAUCUCUGCUUACAAACACACAAAAGCAUUGUAACCCUUUUGAAAUAAAAGAAAAAAUAUUUGAAAAUUGUCAUUUUUGGUUCUAUAACAUAUACAUGCAUGGUAUGUUAAUUUUAAGUAACUGAUUAAUUAAUACGAAAUUAGAUUAGAUUGAAUUAUAAUGGAAAAACUGCAACCUUGUAAGGCAGUUGAAAAAUUAACAGUAUUGUCUCUUCAUUUGUCAGCAAAUAUAUUAUAGCUUUAAUACUGAAAUGUAAUUUUUGCAGGGUCCAUUAUUCAUCAAUGUGUGAAGUCUGUAUAGACCUAGACUGUAGAAACACAAAAUAUUCAGUUCACCAGAACUUGGUUUGCAGUUAGAUUGAAAAGCUGAAAAUUUGUUGAGCUGCCUGAAGCUGUUAAAACCUUCUUCAUACAAAGUUUCAUCACAAUAUGUGCUGAUUUAACGAUGAAGAAUAAGUAAACUCCUAAUUAACCCUAAUCGUGCUGGACACAAUUGGUUCUGUCUUUGCAACAAGUGCAGACCAAGAUCAGCCUGCACAUCCUUGUAGUCUGAUCAUGGUCUGCACUAAAUGUGCAGACUGAUCUUGGUCUGCACUUUCCGCCAUUCAGGCAGUAUCUUUUUGGUAAGCACCCCUUUUAACAGUUAAUGGUACUGUCCAAACUGAAAGAUGGACAAGUUCAUUAUAGAAAUUCAGCAGGCUACAUUACAGACUUGCAAAGUUGAUGGAUAUAGAUCUAGAAGCUUAACUUUUGUACUCCUCAGAAAUAUAUGUUAUCUAAUUAUGCAUUGUUUUCCUUGUUUAUUUAUUUGUUUUGAAUCAUGUGCAGAGUAUUGAACAAAUUAAAAUAUACUAUUAAAUACA